AUGAAGUCCUCGAACAACGACACGCGGCUGAUGGUCGUGAAGGAACUGAGGAGAGCGUGUAAAGACACGGAGACGUUGGAAUCUCCAGUGGUCAGCUUGGGUUUCUUCCCCUAUCUCUACUUCACGCUGACCGUCGUCACGACGAUCGACCGGGGGUUGACCGGGGGUCGACCGGGGGUUGCGAUAGGGUACGGGAACGUGAUUCCACGGUCGACGGGGGGCAGGCUGUUCUGCAUGGUCUACGCGCUGAUCGGGAUCCCGCUGACGGGGAUGCUGCUGGCGGCGCUCGGGGAUGCGUUCUCCGGGUUCAUGCUCAGGCACUUCGAGAGCAAGAUCAUCAGUCGGUUCGGGAGGCACAAGAGGUACGGGGUGGCGGUGGCGACGGUGGCGUACCUGAUGAUCGGGUUCGUGCUGUUUCUGUUCGUGCCGGCGGGGAUCUUCACGGUGAUCGAGGGGUGGACGUAUCUGGAGGCGCUGUACUAUGCGGUCGUCACGCUGACCACGAUCGGGUUCGGGGACUUUGUGACAGCUCAGGAAGGCGACGCGUCGUGGUUGUGGUUCUACCAGGUGGCCGUGAUCGUCUGGAUCGUGAUGGGCCUCGGGUACUGGGUGACGGUCGUGACCUUCACGACCAAGGCCCUCCGGAAGCUUCACCUCCCGGACGUGAACGCGCAGGCGAGAAUGGCCCUCCAGCAGUUGGGGAUCCUGAGCCGGGACCCCGAGUUCCUCCGGAAGCAUUCCAUCGUGACCAUGGAGAUGAUGGCGCAGCUGGCGUCGGCGGUGACGGGGGAGCGCGUGGCGGGUCCGAGCGAGAACACGGUCGCGAGUGCGGGGGUGGCGGGUGCUUUCGCGAGGGGGCAGGGGGCGGGGCUGCCCUCGCUGUUCCGGCUUCCCAUCGGUGGGUCGUCCCCGGUGGGCGGGGCCUACCAGCCGGCGCCCCGGGAGGACGACGAGGAGGGCAACCGAGGGGAAUCGGAGCGGGAACCCCUCUGA